GACGCACCCACAUCCCCCACCUCAAGCUCCAGUUGUGAACCCUCGCAUCCCCACCACCCUCGAACAAGCUUCCUUCUCUCCAACAAUGGCCGACCAGAGAUACAUCACAGCUCUACAACCCUUCAUCCUGCUCGCAAAGAAUGCUACGGGUCGAGCAGCCGCGGACCUAGUGGUGCAGGCUACCCAAGCGCCAGGCACCUACGUCUUCUCCGAGCUCCUCGAAUGCCCCGGCAUCCAAGCUCUCUCGUCCAACCCCGACGGACUCCCAUACUUUGAGCUCCUCAGGAUCUUUGCCUACGGCAGCUUAGCAGAAUACCGGACGAACCCGAACCUCCCCGCGCUCAACGAGAAGCAGCUCGAAAAGCUCAAGCAGCUCUCGCUGAUCACCAUUGCGUCGCGCGGAUCGGAACACCUCACAUACCCGUCCCUCCUGAAGUCGCUCGAGCUCCCAAGCGUCCGCAUCCUGGAGGACCUCAUCAUCUCGGCCAUCUACGCGGGAUUGCUACAUGCGAAGCUCGAUACUGCGUCGCAGCUGGUCGAAGUCUCUUCUACCGCUGGACGCGACGUGGCGCCGGUCGAGAUCCAGAGCAUGGUGGAAACGUUGAACGCUUGGUGCAAACAGUGUGAUGAUGUCCUUGCAGAUAUCGACGAGCAGAUGGAGAAGGUGAAUCGAGAGGCGCUGCGGAAGAAGAAGGACAGCGAGGAGUACGAGAAGUUUGUUGCAGCUAGGAAGGAGGAGCUCAAGAAUCAGGAUAAGGCGGUUGGUGGCAAGGGAAAGAGGGUUAUCUCGGAGAGCGCUGAAGAUUUUAGGGGCAACGUGGAAGAAGAUGACGGUAUGGAUCUGGACGAUUCGUCGUUUGGUGAAGUUGGAAGCACUGCCUGGACAUCGAAUGCUGGCAGGAGGAGGCUCAAGGGACGGCUCGGUGGCUUGAUGGGAGAUCGUAAGAGGAGGUAAACGUCGUCACGGGGUUUAUGUGCGAGCUCAUACGGACCGGAUGGCUGUCAUUGUUAAUGUUUUCUUCUUCGGCGUUGUUUGGAUCGGGCAUUAAAGGUGUUUUCAUACCAGUUUGUGUGCGUGAUUGACAUGAUUCAUACUCACGUCUGAACCAUUUCGGUUGCAUGGGGAUGGAUUUUACAGAAUCUGUGAUGAUCAAACCUAGUCAGGUAUCAUUGUGUUCAUUUGAUUGUCUAAGGAUACGUGCAAAUGAUAUUGUAUCACUCCC